AUGCCUCAACUUGUUGGAAAAGAAAUUGGCCCUAUCGGCUAUGGCCUUAUGGGCUUCACAUGGCGCGCAGAGCCAACCCCAACGGAUGAGGCUAUCGAGACUAUGCGCGCUGCUCUAGAAGAUGGCCUCAAUUUUUGGAAUGCAGGCGAAUUCUACGGCACAGCCGAGUACAACUCGAUGCAUCUGCUGGAGCGCUACUUUGCAAAGUAUCCCGAGGAUGCCGACCGAGUCGUGCUCUCGGUCAAGGGAGCAGCGGGCAGCCACGGAGGCGGCCCGGACGGGUCGCCCGAGGGGAUCCGGCGCUCUAUUGACAACUGCAUCACGCUGCUCAAGGGCCGCAAGAAGAUUGACAUUUUCGAGUGUGCCCGCCGCGACCACAAGACGCCGCUCGAGGUCACGUUUGACGUCAUGAACAAGGAGUACGUCCAGACUGGAAAGAUUGGCGGCAUUGGCAUUUCCGAGGUCAAGGCCUCGACGUUGCGCGAGGCAGCCAAGAUCACCAAACUGGCUGCGGUCGAGAUUGAAUUUUCACUAUUCUCUACAGACCCCCUGCAAAACGGUCUCGUGGCAGCUGCCAAGGAGCUCGACAUUCCCAUUGUCGCCUACUCACCCCUAGGUCGCGGCAUCCUGAGUGGACAGAUCAAGACGGUCGAGGAGAUUCCUGAGAACCUGCGCAUCUAUCCUCGGUACCAGCCUGAUGUGUUUCCCCUCAACCUCGAGCUCGUCAAGCACAUUGAGACCAUUGCCGCCAAAAAGAGCGUCACCCCCGCGCAGCUUUCCAUCAACUGGAUCCGGGCGGCCGGCGCGAAAGCUGGCGUCGUGGCCAUCCCCAUUCCUGGAGCCACCAAGGCUUCUAGGGUGCAUGAGAACUCUACGCUGGUUGAGAUCACGGAUGAGGAAUACUCGGAGCUGGACGCUAUUUUGAAGAAGAUUGAUAUUGUGGGAGCACGCUACCCUGAUUUUAUUCCUAUGGACGGCUAA